GGGGGGAGUCACUUUAAAGGCUCUUUCUUACCCAUAAUGCUUUGUGGGGACGUUGACAAGUGGAUCCAAGAUGGCGUAGAAAGUAAUGACAGGAAUUGGAUGAAGUAAUUGAUCACUAAAGAACUACAGUGCUGGUGAGAUGUGUAAGAUUGAGGCAUUCUGUUGACAUUUUGCCUUACAAACAAAACAAAACAAAACAAAACUUGGGAGAGGAAGGUGGACGUAAAUCAAGAUCCUUUUAAAUUAUAAAGAGCUCUGAUGGGCUAUUUGGGUGAUCCCCAGUGCAGUGAACUGCAGACACCAUACCUGUUGCUCCUCUUUUGCAAGUCAAAAUUUUCCCAAGAAGAGGCUCCUCCAUUGUUAAUACCUUACACUUCUAUGGAUUUUUGUCCCUGAGUCAUGGAAGACAGAAGAGCUGAGAAGUCAUGUGAACAAGCGUGUGAAUCACUUAAGAGGCAGGACUAUGAAAUGACCCUCAAGCAUUGCACAGAGGCCCUCCUUUCUCUUGGCCAGUACUCCAUGGCCGAUUUCACAGGGCCAUGUCCACUGGAGAUAGAAAGCAUCAAAAUUGAGAGUCUUCUUUACAGAAUUGCCUCAUUUUUGCAACUGAAAAACUAUGGGCAAGCUGAUGAAGAUUGUAGGCAUGUGCUGGGAGAAGGCCUGGCCAAGGGAGAUGGGGCCUUUCAGGCAGUGCUUUGCUGCAUGCAGCUGAAAGGAAAACUCCAACCUGUGUCCAACAUUCUUGCCAAGUCACUGACAGGAGAGUCCCUGAAUGGGAUGGUAACAAAAGAUUUGACAAGACUAAAAACACUUCUCACAGAAACAGAGACAGCAACUAGUAACGUCCUCUCUGGAUAUCACGUGGAAGACUUGGAAGGGGGAUCUUGUAAUGGUUGGCAUUUCCGCCCACCACCUAGGGGAAUCACAAGCAGCGAGGAAUAUACUUUGUGUAAAAGAUUUUUAGAGCAAGGAAUCUGUAGGUAUGGUGCGCAGUGUACUUCAGCACAUUCCCAGGAAGAACUAGCAGAAUGGCAGAAAAGAUAUGCUUCACGCUUGAUAAAAUUGAAACAGCAAAAUGAGAAUAAACAGCUCUCAGGCAGUUACAUGGAAACCUUGAUAGAAAAGUGGAUGAAUUCAUUAUCUCCUGAGAAAGUGCUUAGUGAAUGUAUAGAAGGAGUAAAAGUAGAGCAUAAUCCUGAUCUGUCGGUUACUGUCAACACCAAAAAAUCUCACCAGACAUGGACCUUUGCUCUUACUUGUAAGCCUGCAAGAAUGCUGUAUCGUGUAGCAUUGCUUUAUGAUGCUCAUCGUCCUCAUUUUAGUAUCAUUGCAAUAUCUGCCGGAGAUAGUACUACCCAGGUAUCACAAGAAGUCCCAGAAAACUGUCAAGAAUGGAUAGGAGGAAAGAUGGCCCAAAAUGGAUUAGAUCAUUACGUGUAUAAAGUCGGGAUAGCAUUUAACACAGAAAUAUUUGGAACUUUUCGCCAAACCAUAGUUUUCGACUUUGGAUUGGAACCAGUACUCAUGCAAAGAGUAAUGAUUGAUGCAGCUUCUACAGAAGAUCUUGAAUACCUGAUGCAUGCAAAACAACAGCUAGUAACCACAGCUAAGCGUUGGGAUUCUUCUUCUAAGACUAUUAUAGAUUUUGAACCUAAUGAAACUACUGAUUUGGAGAAGAGCCUUCUUAUCAGAUACCAAAUUCCUCUUUCUGCUGACCAGCUGUUUACCCAGUCUGUUUUAGACAAAUCAUUGACCAAGACCAACUAUCAGUCACGGCUGCAUGACCUUCUUUAUAUCGAGGAGAUAGCCCAGUAUAAAGAAGUCAGCAAGUUCAACCUUAAAGUGCAGUUGCAGAUUCUAGCAAGUUUCAUGCUCACUGGAGUUUCUGGAGGUGCAAAGUAUGCUCAGAAUGGACAACUUUUUGGUCGCUUUAAGCUUACUGAAACACUUUCUGAAGAUACUUUGGCUGGACGGCUGGUGAUGACCAAAGUCAAUGCUGUUUAUUUAUUACCAGUCCCUAAAGAGAAGUUAGUACAGACCCAGGGAACCAAAGAGAAGGUUUAUGAAGCUACUAUUGAAGAAAAAACAAAAGAAUAUAUAUUUUUAAGGAUAUCCAGGGAAUGCUGUGAGGAACUUAAUCUUCGGCCUGAUUAUGACAUACAGGUUGAACUUCAGUUUCAGUUAAAUCGAUUACCCCUCUGUGAAAUGCAUUAUGCGCUAGACAGGAUCAAGGACAAUGGGGUUUUGUUUCCAGACACCACUAUGACUCCAACCAUACCUUGGAGUCCCAACAGACAAUGGGAUGAACAGCUGGAUCCUCGGCUAAAUGCAAAACAGAAAGAGGCUGUUCUGGCCAUUACAACUCCACUUUCAAUACAGCUGCCUCCUGUCCUCAUCAUUGGACCCUAUGGGACGGGCAAAACGUUCACUCUAGCUCAGGCCGUCAAGCACAUACUCCAGCAGCAAGAGACGAGCAGGAUCCUCAUUUGCACCCAUUCUAAUAGUGCUGCUGACCUCUACAUAAAGGAUUAUUUACAUCCAUAUGUAGAAGCAGGCAAUCCCCAGGCAAGACCUCUCAGGGUAUAUUUCAGAAAUCGCUGGGUAAAGACUGUCCACCCAGUUGUGCAUCAGUACUGUUUGAUCUCAAGCGCACAUUCCACCUUUCAGAUGCCACAGAAAGAAGAUAUUCUUAAACACCGAGUGGUUGUUGUUACAUUGAAUACUUCCCAGUACCUCUGUCAGUUGGACCUUGAACCUGGGUUUUUUACACACAUUCUAUUAGAUGAAGCUGCCCAGGCCAUGGAGUGUGAAACAAUUAUGCCUCUAGCAUUAGCAACUAAAAACACUCGGAUUGUCUUGGCUGGUGACCACAUGCAGCUCAGUCCUUUUGUUUACAGCGAGUUUGCCAGGGAGAGAAACCUUCAUGUUUCAUUACUUGAUCGACUCUAUGAGCAUUACCCUGCUGAGUUUCCAUGUAGAAUUCUCCUAUGUGAGAACUACCGCUCCCAUGAAGCUAUCAUCAAUUACACCUCUGAGCUCUUCUAUGAGGGCAAACUGAUGGCAAGUGGAAAACAACCAGCACACAAGGAUUUCUACCCACUAACUUUCUUUACAGCACGAGGGGAAGAUGUACAAGAAAAAAAUAGCACAGCUUUUUAUAACAAUGCAGAGGUAUUCGAAGUGGUGGAACGAGUAGAAGAGUUGAGAAGGAAGUGGCCAGUAGCAUGGGGGAAGUUGGAUGAUGGCAGUAUUGGUGUGGUGACUCCAUAUGCUGAUCAAGUGUUUAGGAUACGUGCUGAACUUCGAAAAAAGAGAUUAUCUGAUGUUAAUGUAGAAAGGGUGCUAAAUGUUCAAGGAAAACAAUUCAGAGUUCUAUUUCUUAGUACAGUACGUACAAGGCAUACUUGUAAACAUAAACAGACACCAAUUAAAAAGAAAGAGCAACUGCUGGAAGAUUCUACAGAGGAUUUAGAUUAUGGUUUUUUAUCGAACUAUAAACUUCUAAACACUGCCAUCACAAGAGCACAAUCCCUGGUUGCUGUGGUGGGUGAUCCCAUUGCUCUGUGCUCUAUUGGAAGAUGCAGGAAAUUUUGGGAGCGAUUUAUUGCCCUGUGUCAUGACAAUAAUAGCCUACACGGAAUCACUUUUGAACAGAUCAAAGCUCAGCUAGAGGCUUUAGAACUCAAGAAGACAUAUGUGUUGAAUCCACUGGCACCUGAAUUUAUCCCCCGGGCUCUAAGACUGCAGCAUUCAGGAAAUACCAACAAACUUCAGCAGUCACCCCCCAAGGGGAAAAGCCUCCAUCAUACCCAGAAUGAUCAUUUCCAGAAUGAUGGAAUUGUUCAACCCAAUCCUUCUGUACUUAUUGGCAAUCCUAUUAGAGCAUAUACUCCUCCACCCCCUCUUGGACCUCACCCAAAUUUGGGGAAAUCUCCAAGCCCUGUUCAAAGAAUAGAUCCUCACACUGGGACAAGUAUUCUUUACGUACCUGCUGUCUAUGGAGGGAAUGUAGUUAUGUCGGUGCCUUUACCUGUACCAUGGACAGGGUACCAGGGCAGAUUUGCAGUCGAUCCUCGGAUCCUUACACACCAGGCAGCAAUGGCCUACAAUAUGAACCUCUUACAGACACACGGACGGGGGUCUCCCAUACCAUAUGGCCUUGGGCACCACCCACCCGUCAGCAUAGGGCAGCCACAAAACCAGCAUCAGGAGAAGGAGCAACAUGAGCCAAGUCGAAAUGGUAAAAGUGAUACAAAUAAUCCUGGACCUGAAAUUAAUAAGAUUCGAACACCAGAGAAAAAGCCUACAGAAUCAAAACAGAUUGAUUUGGAAUCAAAUCCACAGAACAGAAGUCCUGAGUCGCGUCCUGGUGUUGUUUAUCCCAAUGCCAAAUUUCAUCGCAAAGAUAAUCUCAACCCGAGACACAUAAAUCUUCCUCUCCCUGCUCCUCAUGCACAGUAUGCAAUUCCCAAUCGUCAUUUUCAUCCCCUUCCACAGCUACCCAGACCACCGUUUCCAAUUCCGCAGCAGCACGCCUUGUUAAAUCAGCAGCAGAAUAAUUUGCCUGAACAACCAAAUCAGAUGCCACCCCAACCGAAUCAGGUAGUCCCACCACAGAAUCCGUUGAACCAGCUGACUCAGCAGCCACCUCCUCAACUUUCUCCUGCCUAUCAGGCAGGACCCAACAGUGCUUUCUUUAAUAGUGCAGUUUCUCACCGACCACAGUCCCCUCCUGCAGAACCUGUGAUUCCUGAGCAGCAGCCCCCUCCCAUGCUGCAAGAAGGCCACAGUCCUCUGCGAGCCAUUGCGCAGCCUGGCCCCCUCCUUCCUUCACAUCUGAAUAACUUCACUGAUGAGAACCCCCCAGGAUUGCCUAUAGGGGAGGCUUUAGAUCGUAUGCACGGGAGUGUAGCUCUAGAAACACUAAGACAGCAGCAAGUGCGGUUACAGCAGUGGAAUGAGCAUCACGCCUAUCUCAGUCAGGGCAGUAUUCCAUACCCACACCAUCACCAUCCUCAUCCUCACCUCCAGCAUCUUCCUCAGCCACCCAUCGGAUUACAUCAGCCACCAGUGAGAGCAGACUGGAAGCUCCCCAGCAGUGCUGAAGAUGAAGCAGAAACAACAGACUCAAGGUUUCAAGACUUAAUCAGAGAACUAUCUAAUCGUGAUCAAAGUGAAACACGGGAACUAGCUGAAAUGCCACCACCUCAAUCAAGACUUUUGCAAUAUAGACAAAUUCAGACUAGGAGCCCACCAGCAGUCCCAUCUCCCCCAUCCAGCACAGACCACAGUAGCCACUUUUCUAACUUUAAUGACAACAGCAGAGACAUUGAAGUAGCCAACAACCCAGCAUUUCCACAGCGCCUACCGCCCCAGAUAUUCAGCUCGCCUUUCUCGUUGCCAUCUGAACACCUUGCCCCUCCUCCCUUGAAAUACCUGGCACCUGAUGGAGCAUGGACUUUUGCUAACUUACAACAGAAUCACCUAAUGGGGCCAGGUUUUCCCUAUGGCCUACCUCCCUUGCCUCACAGGCCACCGCAGAACCCUUUUGUACAAAUACAGAAUCAUCAACAUGCUAUUGGUCAAGAGCCAUUUCACCCAUUGUCAUCUCGAACAGUAUCUUCUUCUUCGCUCCCUAGCUUAGAAGAGUAUGAACCCAGAGGACCUGGUCGGCCCUUGUACCAAAGAAGAAUCUCAUCUAGCUCAGUCCAGCCUUGUUCUGAAGAAGUAAGCACUCCUCAAGACAGUCUUGCUCAGUGUAAAGAACUUCAGGACCAUAAUAACCCGUCUUCUUUCAACUUUUCAUCCCCGGAGUCCUGGGUAAACACCACCUCAUCUACCCCCUAUCAGAACAUUCCGUGUAAUGGAUCCAGCAGGACAGCUCAGCCCAGAGAGUUGAUAGUUCCAUCUAAGACCGUCAAACCCCCUGAGGAUCAGCUGAAGUCUGAGAACCUCGAGGUGUCCAGUUCCUUCAACUAUAAUGUGCUGCAGCAUCUCGGCCAGUUCCCCCCUCUCAUGCCCAACAAGCAGAUCGUGGAGUCGGCCAACAGCAGUAGCCAGCAGAGCUCUGGGGGCAGCAAGCCCGCCAUGUCCUAUGCCAGCGCUUUGCGGGCCCCUCCCAAGCCCAGGCCCCAGCCUGAGCAGGCCAAGAAGAGUAGCGACCCUCUGUCUCUGUUCCAGGAACUUAGCCUGGGGAGCUCAUCAGGCAGCAAUGGCUUUUACUCAUAUUUUAAAUAAUCACUUUUUUUUCCUUCGAGGGAAAAUGUUUUAAUUUCUGUUUGUAUCAGUAGAAUUAAGAUAGUUGGACUCCAUCUAUAGAUGCACAGUUCCCUUUGUUUUAAUAUUAAAUAUGUUCUCACUUAAUUGCUUUGCUGCUAGACUUGCAACUAAUUUUUUAAAAGUAUAUUCCAUUAUUUUGCAUUUUUGACGUGUCUUUUGACAGCUUUUAUGUAGAAUAAAAAAUAUUUUUAAAUUUGUGUAUUGUUACAUAUGUUUGCAUCAAGCUAGCAGCUAAGAGGUUAAUUGUGCAACUAUAAAAAAAGAGAAAAAAACUUUGUCUAAAAUGUAUUUAAAAAGAAAAAAAAUUGUAAGUAGCAUUUACAUUUAUUCAAUAAUAUUACCAUAUGCUGGGUUUCUGUACCAGAAAUGGCCAGUUGAUGUACAAAUGUAUGUUAUUUUUGCUUAAAUUCAUUUAAAAUUUUUUAAAAUAAAGGGGCAGCAUCUUCUAAAUACUUUAAGUUUUAUCAGCUUUUUUUUUUUUUUGUGACAAGAUGCUGCAUUCUAAAACUUUUAUAGUUUUAGACUAUGUAUGAUGUGCUGUUGUAAUCUCCAUCCACUGUAGGAUAGAGUUAAAGGCAUUCUUUGCAGGUGUAUUUUAUAUGCCACUGUUUUUUGUAACAUGAAAAAACAGUGGCAUAUUUAGUUAUUUUUUGGACAAGCUAUACUUCAAGCUUGUUUUUAACGUUAAUUUGAUAGUGUGUGUGUGUUUUUUUUUAAACAAAUCAUGAAGCUGAAAAAUUUUUAGGAUUGUUGGUGCUUAGUAGACUUGAUAACUAUUUUAAAAAUGCGUGAAUUUAGUAAAAUCCUUUUUUUCCUCACUAUGCAUGUGUAAAUGUUUGUAAUCUGGCUUUCCCCCCCUCUCCAGUGGUAUAAAGAAUUGUGCCGCUUUAAGGUUUGGUUUUUUUCCCCCCCUUCAGUAAAAAUUUUGGUACCUUAUUUGAUGUUUACAUUAAAAUGUGACAUUAUAUAUGGCAAUUCAAAUAUUUUGCUAACUGUUUUAUUUGAGGAACAUCAUUAAAAAGAAAUAUAAUGUUUGUCCAAGAUGUAUCAAAAUUCAUCAAAAUCUAGGGCAAAAAAACUACCCUUGUUUUUCAUGGUCUUUUGAUUCUUAUAACCCCACUGAACUUGUAUAAAAACAUAAAAUUUAAAUAGCUAUCUUAAAUAUUCUACAGCCUAAAAAUUGUUUUGAAUGAACUUUGGUAAAAUCCAAAGGAAAACAUUUACCCUCUUAAAAUUUGUGGUCUUGUAACACAUUUGAACAAUGCAUGUCCUUAUUUUCCUGAUUUGGUAGUACUACUUUUAUACUUCAGAGAUACCUUGAAACUACAGUAUAACCUUUUUUUUUUUUUUUUUUAAUGAGAUAAGGUUGGAAAACAUUGAUGAAACAAUGGGUCCUGAUGAUCCAUUCAAAAAUAGUUUUUUGGAGGGCUACUUUUGAACAGGCCAUCCUGUAUUCACAGUACAUUUUUAAAAUGGGGUUGGAAAGCUGCAGAAGUAAAGAAAACUCCUUUCAUCUCUUUUGUGACUGGCGUUUAGUUGCUGUUGGCCAGCUACAACCCCCUGUAAUCCCCAGACAGUUUAGGAGAGGAGAAUGCCUUUUUAGUUUGAGGGUAGCAAGCCUGCAGGACAAAGAAAGAGCACCACUUUUCUUCCUUCUUUCUGCUCAGAAUGGGUGCGCUUCAUUUGCCUGUGGCUUUCAGUGACGUGCUGCAAGUCUCCAUGUGAGGCAGCAGGUGGAGGCCUGUGGACUGUGGAUGAGUUCAUGGUUAGUGUGAAUCACAGUUGGAACGCAGUGCCAGCAAGGUACAGCACACGUUUUCUCUGUGUGAUGUCAGACCGCCACAUGGAACUAUGUCAGAUUUUGCUCAACCUAACUUUAGUCACAAGAAAAGAAGAAAAAUGUUUGCCACGUAAUUCUGUAUUUCUGACUCUAUGACGAAACUCAAGACCUAACCCAAAUGAAAGUUAGAUCUCCCUGAUGUGAGGAUGUCUGUGAAAAAUAAUUCCUUUACCAGUGAUGAUUCUCCUGCCCCACAACACAGAUGUUCAAGAGCAUUUGACAAUAUGAAGACAGAACUGGCCUAGUCAGGGCUUUCGAUUAAUCCCCUGUUAUGGAGUGAUGGCCUAAUUUUCUGUUUUCCAUACUUGAAACUUUAAAAAAUAUCAGUUUGAAGUUAUUUGUAUUUAUAUUUAAAGAGGUCAAGUGCACACCCCACCACUUUAUAUAAAUAUAUUGAAGUUGGAAGCUUUGGAUAAAGCAGCUGCUAAGUCGUUAUGACAGCCCUUUUCUAAGCAGUUAUUUCCAAAAAACUAAAAAUAAUAGCUACUUCUCAGUCCCCUGCUCUGCUGUGUCCGAGGGUCCCUCAUUCCCUUACUGUUUCUGCAGCCGGUCAAGGAUUCAGAUAUUUUCAUCUACUACCCUUUUAGCUUCUGCUUCAAAUGUGUGUUCUAACACACUUACUCUUCCUCAGCAUUACUUAGAGCCAUCUUUCCAAACCAUCUUUCCAACAGCUUCCAACAGAAUUCUAACACACUUACUCUUCCUCAGCAAUACUUAGUGCCACCUUUCCAACCAUGCUUUGAACCUAUUACUUACUCCUAAUACCGUGUAAUGGUUCUGAGCAAGUCUUACUGUGGGAAUCAUUUUAAGUUUCUCUUGAAAUGAGGACUGUUGAUGCUGUCUGGGUGUUUCUUGGGUAGUAUUAGCAAGUACCCACAAAACAGAUUUGGAAAACAACUUACAUACUGGGUUUCAUUCAACCUUAGAGUUCAGACGGAACUUUUUUUCUUAAGCCUUGAUGUUAGCUCUUGGAUGAUACCAAGUAAUACCAGCUUCCUUUUCUUGCAGAACAGAUUUCUUUUAAGUGAAGUUAAUUGUUCACACGAUGUCAUUCUACUUCUUUGUUCUUCGUAUCACUCUGAGGUUUUUCCUUUUUCUUGCCAGAACUUUUUUUUUUUUAAUUCAUCUCACUUUUUAAUUUCAGUGCUACUUGAAAGAGUUUCUUUCUUUUUUCUUUUUCUUUUUCUUUUUUUUUUUUUUUACCUUAAAGAAAUUCUUUUGGGUGAUAGAAUUUGGGAAUAUCUAUGCUAAAAGUUUUUUUCCUGAUCUAAAAAUGAAUUUUUGUUAAGAUGUGAAUAACCUUCAAUAUAACAUGGGUAUUUUCUGGUAUAUUUUUGAAAGGGGUGUUUUGGUUGCCAUUUUGGCACAUGCUUUGCCAAAUGGUUAUAACAGAGCUUUGUUUUUGAUUAAUCAGUAGUUAAUUAUUGACCACUUAAACUAACAUGACCUUAAUUUUCCUUUCCUCAGACAGAUAUGCUUUCUAUCCAGGUCAUUUUGUAUAUAUGAAAUAAACUGCUUUGUGUGUUUUUUUUCACGAGAGAUUCUAGGUUUUUUUACACAAAACCUCUAGAGUUCAGGUUUCGUGUAAACAUGAGUUGGUCUUUUCAGUUUGAAGAAUUGCAGAAUAAGUAAAAUAAGCAGAAUUCCCACUGAAUAAGCAUUACCUAAUUAAACAUAGCAAUCUCCAAGACUAUUUGCGAAAAUAAGUUUCCUUGUUUAUGGAGGCAUUGAAAUUGCUGAGAAAGCUAACUGAAUUUCCUCACUUUGAGAUAAUUAAUAUAUAGUAUUAUCUUGCUCCAGUGUAGUUACCUGACAUGUUUAAUAUUUUCAUGUAUAUACAUCUCAAGAGCAAAACUAUAAACAUAUAAGAAUGUACCUUUAGCUACCUUGGCUAGAGAGAGCCACCCUUACUUAAAAGCCAGGGGUGUGAAAAGACAAUUUCACGUUAAAUUUUAUUUUAUUUUUUUUCACGUUGAAUUUUAGAUUUCAGCUCUUGUUAUUAAGAAAAUUAGAUUUACUGAAAUAGUCAUUUAAAAAUAAAAAAGAGACACCUGUUAGCAUUGUUUCGUGUCGGAGUUAUCUCUAAAAUGGUGAUCCCAGAAAAAGUAUAAAAAUGCAAGAUUAAAACUUUAAAUAUAUUGAAAGAUACAGAUUGCUGCCUUAAAAUGUUCUUUAGGUUACCAUCCAUUUUUUUUUCUUCUAGCUCCACAAAGGUAGUGAUUUGUCCUUUAUGAUUUACCAGACAUUAUUUCUUUCAAGCCAUCCCCCCUAACGUUUAAAAACCCUUAAUUUCUAUCACCACCCUAUGUGUCUUCCUAAAUCUUGAAAGUAAAUGUGUUAAUCGGAUUUUGCUUCCCCCUCUUUGCUAUCUGAUCCACAGACUACCCAGAAAGUAGAAAUAAUGGAUAAUGUUCUAUGAUUUCUUGUUCAAAUAUCACAUAGUGAUGUCCGUCAUAUUAUAAAGAUACGGUCAUGAAAGAGUAAGUGGCAUGCUAGUCUUCAAAGUUCUCAUUAUAUUAGGCGUCUCGCAUUUCCCUUCUUCUUUGAAGUUGGAUAUUUAUUGCUGAGAUUUUACUGUAAAGCUGCUAAAUUCACACUUACUACUUUCAUACAUCUGUUUAAUUAGCAAUUGCAAGACCAUUGUUAAAAGGAGUGAAUCUGACUAACGUUUAAUAUUCUUACAAGACACAAUCAGAAAAUGUAUUGUUAUUUAAACUAGAAUAUCAAACAUUAAAAAUAAGACAUUUUUAAUGUAACAUUUGAAAUUUUUGAAAUGAUGGAAAAUAUCUACUUUGGAAUAAACUUUAAGGAAACAGUCA